UCACACAAUUUACAUAUUCUGUCAUGAACCGGUUCUCCUCUUUUUCACUGGCGGUUCAUGGUACGAUCACAAAGGAGCAGCGGUUGAUCUUCUGUGUUUACCAAGAGAUCCAGAGUGGGGUGAAUACAUUGAUGGAGUUAAAGGGACCAAAGCUUAUGUUUUUGGUGCGGAAUACGAAACAUACUACACCAUCAGCAACCUGCGCAAAGUCUAUAAUCAUGAUGUACCGUGUGCUGUUUGUCUUCUUCGAAAUAAAUCCGUCGUCAAAAUGUUUCCAGCCAGAAAAACGUGUUACAAAGGAUGGAAAUUAGAGUAUCACGGGAACUUAAUGGCGGGAUAUUAUAACAGUCCAGCUGGUACAAUGUACACCUGUGUUGACGAGCAUCCAGACACUUUACAUGGUGGUCGUGCAAAUCAAGAUGGUAGACUGUUUUAUUCCGUAGAGGCUCGAUGUGGUUCCUUGAAGUGCCCACCUUAUGUGGAAGGGAGAGAACUCGUCUGUGCUGUUUGUUCUAAGGAGUAAACAUUAAUAAACCAGUACUGACUUUUUUUCUACAUUUUGUUAGGGUAAUUUAAGAUUUGUUUCAACGUCAAAAUAUGAGUCAAAACUGCUCUCAGUUUUGUUGUAAAAUCUCUCACAUUUUAAUUAUAAUUCUUUAUGUUGUUAUUGAUUCCCUUGAGCUAGUCAAAUCUAGAGAGAAUAAAAUAUAAAAUCUGUUGUGUUUUAUAUAUCCUAUUUAUUAUAAGGGUUUUAUUCGAAACCGCCAGGUUACGAGUUGAAAAUGUAAAUAAAACAAAUAGAUAUCCGAA